AUGCUGAGAAACUUGCAAGCCCCGCCUGAUUUAGAACCCCCAGCACCUCAGCUGCUUGCCGUGCGGGGUUGCUCGCUCAUCACGUCGCGAUGGCUCCAGGUGCUUUCGUACAUUCUGGCGGAGGUUUGCAGCUCUGCGACACUACUAGAUGAUUAUGUGCGCGCCACGCUGAAUGUGUCGCAUCACUUGCUCUCCGCGUGGCACAGCAUAGCGGUGGCGGCUCAUCGCCCGCGUGAACAACGUACGAGCGGGAGCUCUUCCGGUUGGCGCUCUGUUUCUAGGGAUGGUACCGUACCACAGACGGACCGUGUGCGCUGGGAGAAGGAGGCUACAGCUGCUAGGCAUGUCGAGCUAGUUCGUCACCUGGUUGUCAUGGCGCUGCUGCAGCAGUUCUUGUCUGUGCCCGUUUCUGGGAGCUCUGACACUGUGCUGCGUGACUUGCUCUUACGACACCGUCGAUGGCGUCAGCGGAGGGCUGGUAAGGGCCGAUUCACCGAGCUCGGCGACGCGGAGGGUGGUUUGGUAGGGGAUGAUGAUAAUAACUGCGAUGGCGGGGGCCCUCGUGCGCCGCGUGGACGGGACCGGGAGGAAAGCAAAAACAAUAAGCGGCCACGGCCUCACUCUGUGGAUCGCUUUGGGUGUUCUUCUUCAUGGUCCACCUUGCCAUCGAUGGGCCAGCGACCGGACGAUGAUUGUUCCAUUUGUGACGAGGAGCGUUGUGACGACAACACGUGCUCUUCGGUGGACUUGCGGUUGUUUAUGCGUGCGGCUGUCGCCAUGAACCCCACCGCCUGCGCCCUGCAGCUCAUUUCGCGUUGCAUCGUGUGUAUCCAGAGUGAUUGGAGUUGUGACUGCAAGGACGGUGCGCCUCCCACGUCGCCGGUGGGUUUCCGUGGGCCUGAUGCUGGGGACGGUGGCGUUGCGGGUAACCGCUACUUUGUUUUCGUGGCAAGUCGUGACGUUGCUGCAUGUGAGCACUCAGGGCCAUGCUUUGGAAACCGCAAGUUUAUUUUUGUACAUUGCGAGCGGCCUAGCUGUGAGGAUGUUGAGCCUUCGCGUUGCUCUCGUCAUUGUCCGGUAGUUAUACCACCCCCGGAAACCGCAGCUGGCACCGUGGCUCCUAUUGCUCUUGUGGCUUCGCGGAGGGGUGGGGGGCCGUUGCUUGGAGACGGCGGUGUGUGGGGUCAUGUGAUGCGGUCGAUGAGGCAACUGCGACUUGAGCUGGGUCGAGGCGGCUUGGGCGUCCCCGCUCGUAGUGGUGUAGUGGCUUGCUUGCCCUCUGUUGCUCGCCCCGCUUGCAAUGCUCAGGGCAGGCCGUCCUUUUCGAGAGAGGGGGCUGGGAGGUUCUUACUUCCGCCCCUCGCACCGAACCGUAGGUGCUCCACUGAGCACUGCAUGGGAUGCGGCCCCCUGCCGACCGAUGCGCGCUCCCAGCGGGGGAUUGACAGCGGGGAGGAUGGCAGCGUGGGUGAAAGUGACGAGGGACGAUCAUCGUGGUUCCUUAUGUAUUCUGACCGGUGCAGCGCCACUGGGGCUUUCUUCUCCGGUGCAGUGCCCUCCGUGGGGCGGCUCAUCGCGUUCCCUUCCCCUCUUACAGGCUCAUCGAGCGAGCCGGUGCCGGUGGUGCAGCCCACAUCCAAUUUGGAGAGUGUGGACGUGCCCCUAGAGCAAGCCAUUUUUCUGCCACCUGCUGCUGGACACGAAGUGCGCCAUACAGGAAGGCCGUCUACGGAGGUGGACGAGUACAGUAAGUCAGUCAUGGCUGGUCAUGUUGCUUUCGCGGAGGAGGUGGCUGCGCGCCUGGAGUUCUGGUGUGCCCGUGGAAGCCCCCGUCGUUGCUACUAUGACCCCGUGGUGCUAAACUCUGCAGGGGAUAAUGGUGAUGGGGCUUCUGGGGGCACCGAUGUUGGUGCGCGUCGUGGCAGCAAUGACACGAAUGGGUGCGUGUCUGAGGGAGAGAAUGCGGGUGACUGGAUGGAGGAAACUAUGCCACUGAUGUUGCUGUUCACUCAGGUCGGUACGGUCCGUUUCCAGUUGCUAGGAGACACAGUGUAUUGCAACCCGAGGAGCCGGGGACUCCUUAUUACCGCGAUUAGUGAGGCAACGGAGUUGGUGAUUUGUGGGACGCGUGAGAGCCGCGUUCAUCGUGGUUGGCACAAGCGCUGUGACAAUGGUCGUAGUGAUGGACGCGCUGGUAACGGAGUUGGUCGCCGGAGGACGAGGGGAGAGAGCGUAAGUGGUGUUUGUGGUGCGAGCGACCUGACGCUUUCAGCUGGGGUUUCAGGUGGCGCCUCUCUUCAUGUGUACUACGACGUCGCAGUGGAGGUGUGCGUAUGUUGGGCGCAAGGUGAAGUGCUUGGAGAUGGCGAGAAAGACUGCCAGACAGCGCUGGAGGGGACGAGCGUGGGGAAUGCUAAAGGUUCUCCAUAUGGCUCACGCUGCGGUCAGCUCCUUUCGAGACGCGAGCAAAACCAACGGAGGAGUGAACGGCUGAAGACGGAGUUCCGCCUCGCGCAUUCUGAUCGUUUGGAUGCCCUCCUCGUUGACGGUCGAAACGCAAAGCCCAUAGCCUCCGUCACGCUUGUCCCAUCGACAGCUCCCGGUUGGCCCACGCAGUCUGCUACUCGGGCCGUGCAGGACACUCGGUUUAUCGUUCAGUCUUUCAGCCACUACGUGGCGCCACUCCUGAAUCACCUAAGGGAGGACAAGGUACUGAUGGUUGACAUGGAUCGCACGUUGGUGGACAACGCCAUCAUUUCAAGAAACCGGCUUGCCCAUGGCUUCCUUGACAACCCGCUGUGGAGGGCGCAGUUUCAUAUGGGGUCUUCCCAAGAGGAGGGGCAGGCCGAUGAGCGGGAGGCUCUGGAGAGGCAUUGCGAGGCGUCGGGCAUGGUAAGUUACUUUGUAUCUGAGGAUCCACGCUGCGGGAUGCGGACGGAGACUGUUUACGUUCGACGUGGCGUGAGGAACCUGCUACGGCGGUUCGCUGUGGAGUGGGGCAUUCCGCUGUUGCUGGUAACCAAAUCGUCGCGCAGCCGCGCUGAGGCCAUACUGCGGCAGCUGCUCGACCCCGAGGGGGAGCUUUUCCCGAUUGAUCGCGGACGUGUUUACACAGCGGAGUUCCUAGUGAACUCAGUGCCCCACUCCGGCUUUUCCUCGCAAAGUAUGGGUUCCUGCCCCACCAGUAUUGAUGGCGUGACAGAUGUUGGUGCCAUGGACGCAGAAAGUUGGCGUGAAUACCGGCGGCGUUUGUGUGACUCGCGGAAGUCCACUACUGAUGUACUGCGGGUGUGGGACCAGCUGUUUUCCUCCACUGAGGGAGUAGCACCGGUGCGUCGCGCACGAAGUGUUGCCGUGCUGGAUGACAUGCCUCAACUGUGGAGCGAGUCAGACUGGCCACGCACCGUAGCUGUUGCUCCGUACACGCUGGACCGUGUGGAUCCAGAUGAGUACUUUUCAGCCGGAGGCCUCAUCGCGUCUCUGCUACUUUCAGUGCUCUAUAGCAAGAAUUCUGUGGUGUGCCCGUUACGUAUGCGUCGCUUCGUUGCCGGGGGAAGUGGUUCCUAUGGGUGCGGGACGGUAUAUGGUGAGGAGGCCACGUGCGAUUUCCGUGGCGGUGUUCAAGGGUAUGGCCCUGGUGGAGAGCGCGACACCGUUUAUGGCGAGGUGGAAGUACAACAUGAGGACAGCACCUGUCAUACGUGCAUGUCGGAUGACACCGAUUCCUUGGAUUACUGUGGAAGGUCGUCCCCCCCACCGACUCCCUGUUUCGUUACCCUGGAGGGUGGUGGGGGUGUUUCUGUAGCUGGAGAGGAAGGGGUGGGCGAUAUAGUGGUUGUUGAGGAGGGAGGUUUAGAUCUCCCGGAGGUGAGUGUAUGGAACACUGCGGACGUGGAGGAUGUAGCGCCUCUAUGA